GCCCAGUGGUGGUGACCCAGCAUGUAGCAGAAGUGAACAAGUCCCUUUGUGCCCGGGAACAAUCAGACAAGAUAAUGGGGAAUUCAUAUGCCGGGCAGCUGAAGUCUGCUCGAUUCGAAGAGGCUCUCCAUAACUCCAUUGAGGCGUCUCUGCGCUCCAGCAGUGGCGCCCCACAGCCCAUCUUCACACAGCUCUAUCUGGAGCCUGAGCAGUAUCCUGGCAACAUGGAGGAUAUGAAGCCCAAGGUUGAUGUGUCGCUCCAUGGCGGGGAGUCUGCAGGCCACAAAAUGAGCCACUCCUCCAAUGACUUUGAGGAGCUGGAGGAGGAGGAAGAGGAGGACUCAGAAACCAGCAGCCCUCCGCUCCCUUACUUACAGGCCCCUGUCCCAGAAGGCUGCUGCACUAUGGAUGGGUUCUGUCAGGCCGGCAAAGACCUCCGUUUGGUCUCCAUAGCAACAGAGCCCAUGGAAGUCCCAUCUGGCUUCGAGUUGGUUGGUGCCAAGUCCCCCAGCGUCCCCGAGCACAUCCUGGUGUGUGCUGUGGACCGGCGCUUCUUGCCUGACGAGAAUGGGAAAAAUGCACUUUUAGGGUUUUCAGGAAACUGUGUGGGCUGUGGGGAGAAAGGCUUCCGAUACUUCACGGAGUUUUCCAACCACAUCAACCUGAAGCUAUCCACCCAGCCUAAGAAGCAGAAGCACUUAAAGCACUACUUGGUGAAGAAUUCUCAGGGUGCCCUUUGCAAAGGACCCCCCAUUUGCUGGAAAGACUGUAAAACCCGUCAGUUCUCAAGCAGUGCAUCCACGUCCAAGCCCAGCUCCUCCUCCUCUCUCAGCAGCAAGGAAAAUGGAGGAGGGAUCAAUGGACACACUUCCUCCCCUUUCUCUCUGUCAGAUUCUUCACCCAACAGAAGUACACAAACCUCCUCAGUCUUCUUCGGGGGGCAGGACCUAGGCCGGGACUGCAGUUUCCUGAAGCCCCUGGCCUCCACAGCGGGGACCAAGACUCUACCAAUAGUGCCCACAGCUCUCAGGGUGAACGGUCCGGCCAAUAACCUGACAGUUGAUGGACGUCCUCCCUUACUGAGUCCCUCCCAGGUCUCCUUGGGUCCUCAAGGUCAGGGGUAUCGCAGCGCUGACUUGGGAGACAGUCCUUCUUCGUCCGCCAUGAACUCUGGUCCUCCAAAGAAGCGCCACCGGAGCUGGCACCCCAACUCCCUGCUGCCUGUCCCGCCCACGGCUGUACCUGUGCCAGCCAUUCGGCCAAUCAUGUGCUCACCAGGCUCUGUGCUGGCCAUGACUGCAACUCAGCCACCUGUGACGGGGGUCGUCCAGCCCCAGCCUAUCACCGCUGGAGAGACGGUCAUCGUACCCGACAACCUGCUCAACACUUCAGGCGUCCGUCCUGUCAUCCUCAUUGGCCAUGGCACUUUACCUUAUUUCUAUGGGAAUGUGGGUGACAUUGUUGUGAGCCCCCUGCUGGUCAGUUGCUACAAGAGCAGCCAGCUGACAGAGAAAACCCUGGAGAGUUUAGGCCUUGGCAGCAACCAGCUACUUAGUGUGGAGACCAUGAUCCUGCUCACCUUACAGUACUUUGCACGCCUAGGCUCAGACCAGAUUCCUCUCAGGGAGGAGUUUGAGCAGAUUGUACUGAAGGCGAUGCUGUGCUGUCCCGGCGGUUUGACCAUCUCCCCUUCCCAGCUGCCCUGGCUGGCUCGGCUGGAAGCCAGCGUCUCCGGAGACAGCGUCCAGGUCCUGGUUACCCAUAAUUCUCUGGGAGAGGGGAUUUCCGAGUCACUGCGUUCACUCAGCGAAGGGCCGCCCAACCAGCAGUGCCUGCCCACCUAUGUGGUCAUCAUCUGUGCCUCCAAAGUCAGCGGCAACGAAUUCUGCGUGCUCGUCCUUGGGAAGUACCAAGCGCGGGCACUAGCCGAGGGCAUGCUGACAACCAAUGAGUUUCUGAAGGAGAUCAGCUAUGAGCUCAUCACAGGAAAAGUCAGCGUCCUGGCGUCUCACUUCAAAACCACCUCUCUAGGGGACAACCUGGAUAAGCAGCUGGUGCGCUACCAGCGCCGCAGGAAAUGCCAGCUCAUCCAGCCCUUUCAGGGUGACGUCAACGACCACAUCCACUCACAGGAGGCUGCAGGCAUGGUACCACCGCUGGAGUCAGAGCUGUUGCGUGAGGUGUUUCAGAUCUAUCCUCCUCAGCUGCGUGUGGCACGGAGCCUCCUCUCCCAGGUCUGCUCCAUAGCCGACUCAGGGAGCCAGAGUCUUGACCUGGGACGCUUUUGCAAAGUGGACUUCCUCAUUUUAGUCCCCCCCUCCCACGUACUGGUGCACCAGACUGCACAGCGCAUCCGACAAUCAGGGGUUCUUGUGGACCUGGGGAUGGAGGACGCCUCCACCGCCAACCAGAAACCAGACAAGUAUGUGGUGCGCCUGGACGGAGAUGUACACGCCAAGAUGGAAGCCUUCAUGAGAAAGGUCAAACAGAACCCUUACACCCUGUUUGUCCUCAUCCAUGACAACUCACACGUCGACCUCACUAGUGCUCUUUCAGGGUCGGUGUGCCACGGAGAGCUGCAGGGCCUGGCCGACCGGGUGGUCAACUGCCAAGAGGUGUUAGAAGCCAUGAACCUGCUGGUCCUGCAAGUCAGCUGCUUUCCCUUCACCCUGCAGACCCACCAGUCCCGCAUCAGCAUCCACAACGAAGUUCACUGGCCUUCCAACAGCAGCCUGCAGGAGGAGCAGUCUUCUGAUGACUUGGUUUACUUUGGCCUGAGAGACUACAGCAGCUCCUUGCAGUGGGGUGUAGCCAGUCCCAUUCUGCGUUGUGAUGAUGCCUUUGAGAAGAUGGUCCACACCCUACUAGAAAGGCAUCCUCACCUGCACAGCAUGGUGAUCCGCAGCUACCUUCUUAUCCAGCAGUACACAGAGGCCAUGAUGGCUCUCACCUCCUCCCCUUCCCUGAGGGACCACAUAACCCCCGAGACUCUGGCCAUGGUGGAGGACUUAAUCAGCACCCCGGGCCGGGAAGGUUCUAAGGGCCGGGGCCACAUGUUGCUAGUGCGAGUCCCGUCCCUACAGUUGGCCAUGUUGGCCAGGGAGCGGCUUGAGGACGUCAGGGACAAGCUGGGCCUCCAGUUCUGCUUUGCCGUGCUGCUGGGAAGCCCUGCCUCCGAGCUCAACCUGCCCAGGAACUUCACCAGCCGCCUCAGGGCAUGGCGAGGCUAUGAGAAUGAUGAAUGGGUGCCACACACCUACGAGGAUCUGGAAGGGCUCCCUUGCAUUGUCAUCCUCACGGGCAAAGACCCUCUCGGAGAGACUUUCCCAAGGUCUCUAAAGUACAGUGACCUGCGUCUCAUCGACUCCAGCUACCUGACCCGUACAGCCCUCGAGCAAGAGGUGGGUCUGGCCUGCACCUAUGUGUCAAUGAGGGUGGUCCGGGAGCCCAAGAAGGUCGUGGUGCCCCGGGAGACAGAGGGAGAGAAAGCCACAAGUAUGAAUGACGGGGAUGAGCUGGAGAGACCGCAGAGCAAUGGCAGUGCAGCCACCAGGGCCUCUGGAUCUUUGGCAGAGAACGGUGUCAGUUCCUCUGACUUCACUGACUGUCCCUGGAAGCCCUCCACUUCUUCCUACCAACCCGAGGGUGUCAUCUCCAGAGAUGAGGGUGCCCCUGCCCAAGGAGUCAAACAGGAGUGUGACUCCAUGGGCAGCCAGCUCACCUCCAAUGCCACCAAAGACUCCAAAGCACCUCCCUCCCUUUACUCCAGCUCCUCCUCUUCCUCGCCGUCAUCUUCCUCCAUGCAGCCCAGUCAGUCCACGCAGUGCAGACGAGGCACCAAGCCGGUUCGGGUGUCACCACGGACAGUCAUUCUGUCACGCGCGGCAUACAACCUGCUGGCCGGGGAGUCGGGGACUCAGCUGGGCUCUUUCUCACUGCUGCCCCAUGCUGACGUGGCCUGGAGCAGUCCGCUGAGGCCCCUCAUCACUCACAAGCUCCAGGGGCCGGAGCAGAGCAUGUUCUACCGCCAGUGGACCACCGCCAGGCAGCACCAUGCGGAUUACGAAGCCCCCUCGACGCCGCAUCCCCGACGCUUGCUGCUCAGUGGACCCCCACAGGUGGGAAAAACAGGCGCCUACCUGCAGUUUCUGCGUAUCCUCUUCCGUAUGCUCAUUAGGCUGUUGGAGGUUGACGUGUACGAUGAGGAAGAGGUCGAAGAAGAAGCUUCAGAUGUUCAGGCAGCAGUCAACUCCCAGUGGCCUGACAUCGAGGAAAUCCGCAAGCUGCCCUUUGACCCCUUCCCCUGGGACCCUAAGUUCAGGAGGGCAAGCCCUGUUUACUCUGCAAAGAUGCUUAAGCACUCAAAAGAGCCUAAACAAAAAGGAGGGAGCCAUUCGUCGGCCAAAAGAGAGACCAAGUCCAUGCGUCUGAGUAGGUUUGCUGCCCACAAUGCAUUUCAUCACUGCGAACAAUGUCACCACUACUGCGAAUCCAGUCCUGCCGUACAGUUGUCGGAGGGCACCUUCCAUGCCUUCACCUUCUGCUCCUCUAUGCUGGGCGAGGAAGUCCAGCUCCACUUUAUUAUCCCUAAAGCCAAGGAGCAGCACUUUGUCUUUGGUCAGCAAGGCAGCCACUUGGAGAGCAUGCGUCUGCCUCUGGUCUCCACUAAGGACUCUGAUCUGUUGAAGAGUCCAAUCUUCACCCCCACUACAGGACGCCAUGAGCACGGCCUACUUAACAUCUUCCAUGCCAUGGAAGGCACGUCCCAUCUCCACAUCCUGGUGGUCAAGCAUUAUGAGAUGCCCCUUUACAGGAAGUACUGGCCCAACCACAUCUUGCUGGUCCUGCCUGCAAUGUUUAACAGUUCUGGAAUUGGGGCGGCUCGCUUCAUGAUCAAAGAACUGUCGUACCACAACCUGGAGUUGGAGAGGAACCGUCUGGAGGAGCAGGGAGUCAAGAGGCAGGACGUCUGGCCCUUCAUCGUCAUGAUGGAUGACUCCUGUGUCCUGUGGAACGCCCAUCAACCACCAGAAAACAGUGAGACAUCUGAAGGAGGGCCUGGCUUCACCAACGUGUCUCUGAAGACAGUGCUGCAGCAUAUGGAGGCUACACCUAAAGUCUCCCUGUACGCCAUGUGUGGCACACGCAAGUGGAGCAGCAGCCUGACAAACAAGUCAUCCGGUCAGCCCUUCUCCCGGUGCCACCUCCACGACUUUGUCAUCCUCAAUGUGGACCUGACACAAAACGUUCAGUAUGACCUCAAUCGGUACAGCUGUGAGGAGGUGGACUUCAACCUGAGGGUAAACAGCAGUGGUCUGCUCCUGUGUCGCUUCAACUACUUCAGCCUGAUGAAGAAACAUAUUCCAGUUGGGGGGCACAAGGACUUCCUGGUCAAACCUAAGCUUGUGGAGAUGGAAAACCCGGCCCCUAUCAGCCCAUCCCAGUAUGUGUGUGCCCCAGACAGUGAGCAGACCCUGCUGGCUGCCCCGGCCCAUUUCCUAUUAGAGAAGUUUCUCCAGAGCUGCAGCCACAAAUUGUUUCCCAAGGCCGUGCACAACAGAAACAACCCAGUACUGUCAAUUGACAGCUAUCUCAACAUCAGCCCAGAGGUGUCUGUGUACUACAUCAACUCCCGUCCACACUCCACCAAUCUGGACCAUCAGGGCCUGGUGUUCAGUGGCCUUCUGCUUUACCUCUGUGACUCCUUCGUUGUUUCCGGACUUCUCAAGAAGUUCCGUUUCCUCAAAGGUGCCACACUGUGCGUAAUCUGCCAGGACCGGAACUCCCUGCGUCAGACCAUCGUCAGGCUGGAACUGGAGGACGAGUGGCAGUUCCGCCUGCGGGACGAGUUCCAAACAGCCAACUGCAGCGAGGACCGUCCUCUCUACUUCCUGACGGGCCGCCAUGUUUGAAAUGCAGAGCAGCCCAUAACCCCGACCCCCCCCACACCUCCCCUCUGUCCUCCCCCCACAGAAGCCCAAUCAGAAGUAAGGACAGCCUUCGAUUCUAAACCAGCUAGCAAUCCCAAUGCUUGCCACUCCCAUUGGAAUUAUUAGAGGGAGUAACCUGGAGCACAACACCUACACUGCCCCCUUGCUAAUGGAAAUGUGAGCACAGGAUGUGUUUCUGACUUGAUGUAUCUGCACCACCACAGUGCACUAUGCCCGACGCUGAGGAGUGUCGGGGCAUUUCUUAACUCUGACCUGUAGCUGGGCUCGUCCCAACCACGGCGCCUUUUUGCAACUGAGACAGACUUUGCUGUGAAAAAGCAGAACAGCACAGUUGACAAUGAACAUUUUGCUGUUGUUGUUAUAUUAACAUUUCGUUGUUAUAUUCCUGCAAAAACAGACUCCCUCUUAUCGAAUAAUGUGACUGUUUGAAGAUUGUAUGUAUACUUGGACUAUGACUGUGGUAUGUCCCAUACCUGGAUGUACAUGUUUAUCUCAGGGUUUUUAAAGAGAGGUACGACUGAGUCAGUUACAGGGGUAACUGCUUUUCUCCUUACUCAUCCUUACUUACAUCCUCUUUUCUUUUCUUUUUUUUUCUGUUAUUCUUUGUCGUUACCCCACGUUGGUAUCUCGGUUUAGCCCACCAAGGACAACCUCAGCUGCACAUCGGCUCUGUCCUAUGCUUCACUUCUCCCUCUCUCAACACCCCCAGCUCCCUGAAGCUCAUCGGCAGUGAGAAGACACUUCACCACGUUGUUGAAAUGUAAUGCUUGCAGAAAUUGCUUUUGUUUCCCCUUAAGUGCUCCUGUCUUAAAUGUUCUGUCAUUACCACAGAGGUUUUGCGAGAGUCUCAAAUUUAAUGGUGUCCAUAGGGUUAAAACAGCUCGUGGAUAUCUGACCUUCAGUGCAGCCACAAACAGAAAACCACUGAGGAAAGACUGUUUAUUUAUUUGGUGUCUCUUGUGAUAUUUUUGUCACCCUUCUGACAAGGAAUCGUAGGAGUUUUAUGUUUUCAGAUGAAUGACAUUUUCCAAUCUACUGUAAGACUUCAAAUCUGAGUCUUGCAUAGAUUCCUAGGCCAAAGAAGUUGUAUGCUUUUCAGGUGACAUAUGACCUUUCAAUUUCUUUAUUGGGAUUCCCCCCCCCUUUUUCUCCCCAAUUGUAUCCAGCCAAUUAUCCCAUUCUUCCGAGCCGUCCCAGUCGCUGCUCCACCCCCUCUGCCGAUCCGGGCAGGGCUGCAGACUACCACAUGCCUCCUCCGAUACAUGUGGAGUCGCCAGCCGUUUCAUUUCACCUGACAGUGAGGAGUUUCACCAGGGGGACGUAGCACAUGGGAGGAUCACACUAUUCCCCCCAGUUCCCCCUCCCCCCUGAACAGGCUCUCCAACCAACCAGAGAAGGCGCCAGUGCAACGACCAGGACACAUACCCGCAUCCUGGGAGGGCUGCUGACUACCACAUGCCUCCUCCGAUACAUGUGGAGUCGUCAGCCGCUGCGUUUCACCUGACAGUGAGGUGUUUCACCAGGGGGACGUAGCACAUGGGAGGAUCACACUAUUCCCCCCAGUUCCCCCUCCCCCCUCAACAGGCUGUCCAAUUGACCAGAGGAGGCGCCAGUGCAGCGAUCAGGACACAUAUCCACAUCCGGCUUCCCACCCGCAGAUACGGACAAUUGUGUCUGUAAGGACACCCGACAAAGCCGGAGGUAACGCGGGGAUUUGAACCGGCGAUCCCUGUGUUGGUAGGCAAUGGGAUAGACCGCUAUGCUACCCGGAUGACCGACCUUUCAAUUUCAUAUACAACUACAGUCAUUUCGGCUGUUCAAAACCAACAAGGCAAAAAAACAAAACAGUGUUGUAUGAUUCUUUGUCAAAAGGUUCAGAACAGGUCAGUAGAUGAAUUCAUUUGAGAGUAUAUUGGCUGAUCAGAUGGAGCAUAGGAGAUCAGGGAAGAAACAGGAUAGGAGUAUAGUUAACCAAUCAAAUAAAUUCUCAUCGACAUAAGUUUGCUGCAUGUAAGCAUCUACUGAAUUACAUGUCAUGCAUUGUACACAUAAUCCUUGUAAUUCACUAAAUGCACUGUGCGACGGAUGCGACAUAAUGAACAAGCCUCACUGCCAACUGUGCUGCUGUCGACUGUGCCUGUAAUCUCCGCUAUUGUAAUGCUCAGCACACUGUGCCUAUUGAUGGGUUUUUUUUUGGUUUUUUUUGCAACUUCUCCCCCCAUCCGAUGUUGGAUAAUCAAAGGCAGGUGGUACUCUGUCAGCAGCAAAAGAACCAGGUCACUUCAUAUACUUGAAAAUGGGCAGGAAUGUUUUUAUAUGUUACUGUACAGGGUUGGCCAAAGAAUAUGCCUUAUAGUGAUGUUAUUACACAGAUGUCGCCGAUCGCUCAAGUCACUCUUAAUGGACCAAUGAGAACGAAGAAACCAAUUAGCCACGAGGGAAAGAAAUAUUGUUUGUCUGGGUCUGGCAAGAGGAAGAUGAAUUAAUUGGACUACUGUGUGUUGUUUAAAGCAUUGUUUACAUUAUUAAUAUAUUAUCACUGCUCUAUAAUACCUGAGGGUUAACAAUAUUUUUUAGUCUCGCGUAACUUUUACCCUUUUUUUUUUUUUUUUGGUCACUAUGUUUUCUGCAUUCUGUGUUUUGCGAAGGCAAGGAGAAUCUACCUAGAUGUGUUCUUACCGUGUGUUUGUAUCCCUCACUGUUCAUGUGUUAGAUUUGUAUUGAAAGUGAAAAUCAGGUCUGUUAGGGGCUCUUAUUUAUUUGACAAGCAUUUCGGGACUGAUAAUCAUAUCGAAGAGUAAUAUUUGACCACAUGCUGAGCUUGCCUAAAUCAAGGGGGUACAUGUCCUCAUCAAAUCCAUCCAUGACGGCUUUGCACAAGACCCGAGUGAAUGAUUUAGACUUAUAUCUACUGAAUGUUAUUGCUACAGGGGGGGGUAGGAAAUGUGAACUUGCACUAUACAAAUCGCCAGCAGCAAAAAUAUUUCCCUAUUACAUGAAAUCAACAUUGAGAUCAAGCUCCCCAAAUGCAAAGCUUACUCCAUAUGUUAAAAAAAAAAGACAAACCGUGGCGAUGUAACCCCGUCCCACUCAUUGAAAUCUAACAGCCUUAGUCGAGCGUGAAACUUAAUAUGCAACUUGCUUCUCACAAUCUUCACUGAAGUGUCAACUGUUGUGCAUUUUGGUAACAACCCUAUCCUUGGCACCUGGGUGAGCUACCUCAUGUUUACCAUUGUGGUUGUGGGGCUGCGAACAUAUGACUCUGGAGCCAUGCUUCUGUUGUUGGAAAUUUAUGAAUGUAAUAAAUAAAUAAAAAAGAC